AAAAUAGACAGCGGAAUAGAGAGAGCGAGACAAGAAAGAGAGCAGGAGGGAUACAGAGAGAGAGAGAGACAGGGAGGGGAAGAGAGAAAGGGGGGUGGGAGGAGAGCUGGUAGCAGCAGCAGCAGCACUCAGAGCUGGCCAGGGAAUCCAGUUUGAAUGGGCCCUGAUGGUGCUGGAUGGAGCAUGGGCCAGGUUUUAGGAUUUGUCCACUGCAAGGAAACUGGUUCUAUCUCCACCACACCUGACUCCACCCCUUCCAGUGCUGAAGGCGGAGAUGAGGAGGAGGAUUUCCCCGAGCUGCAGACAGCUCGGGACUGGUCAGAGGAUGAGGAGGAUGAAGAGGAGGGGGGUGGGGGAGGCAGUUCGCUGGUUUGGGGCACCCCUCACCAGAACUCCAGUGAGCUCACCUUCUCCUACAUCACCUUCUCAGAACCUGAGGCAGGCCAAUCACGACGGGACUCUGUGGGGGCACGGCGGAGGAGGAGUCGCCCGGUUGGACUAAGCAGGACUGACACAGACGAGACGCUCCCCCCCGACACGACCAGGAGCUCUCCGCUGGGGGAGGACUCCUUUGCGCAGUGGGAUCCCGCUUUUUCCUUGGCGGAAGAUUCCAAGACUUGGGAACAGGGUUUAUCCGAGGACCUACAGGGCGCUCCUGAGCGGAGUUUGCAAUAUUGUCUCCAGUUAGGGGUUUCAGAGCCCUUGGGAGGACUGAUGGACAGGAUUCCGGAUGGACAGAUUUCCGAGACAGAGGAUGUCCCUCCCGGAAGUUCAAUAAUCCCAGAGUUGCUGCAGUCCAGCACUGACCCCUGUGUGACCUCCGAUACCACCACACUGCCAGGGGCGGGGCAACAGGACAUCACCUCCCACCCCAUUGGUCUGGACACUCAGGAAGAACAAAUCAGUGAGCAGUGGUACACAGCGUUAACCCAAUCAGAGAGCCCCAAAGGAGGAAUGCUCCUAUCAGUGGUCUCGGAGCUCAUCUACUGGAAGGACUCCAAGCAGACAGGCGCUGUGUUCACCGGCCUGGUGGUGGCGCUCAUCUCCCUGUCUCAGCUCAGCAUCAUCAGUGUCAUCUCCAACCUGGCCUUCCUCCUCAUGUGUGUCACCCUGGGUAUGCGGCUCUACACCAAGAUCCUGCAGGUCUUGAACAAGUCUGAUGGAGCCAGCCCCUUCCAGAAGUACCUGGCUAUCGAUAUCAGCCUUUCUCAGGAGCAGACGCAGUGCUAUGUCGACAGGGUCAUUUCAAUGGGCACCGCGGCUGCCGUUGAGCUGAGGAGACUUGCACUCGUUGAGGACUUCAUCGACUCCUUGAAGUUUGCAGGUCUAAUGUACAUGCUGACCUACAUUGGAGCGGUUUUCAAUGCCCUUACUCUCCUCAUUAUAGCUGUGAUCUGUGCUUUCUCUCUGCCACUGCUUUACAAACAACACCAGGCACAGAUUGACCAGUAUGUGGAGCUGGUCAGAGCACAUAUCAGUGACAUCCGAGCAAAGAUCCAGGCAAAAAUUCCAAGUGCCAAACCCAAGGAGGAGUGAGUCGGGGGUCCCCCGGAAAACUCCAGAACACACAAAGUCUUUAAUUACAAUUCCUCAUUGUCAAUUUUAUAUAACGUAUAGAAUUCUCAAUCUAUUUCUGAUGUCUGUCUUACCCGCUGGGCUGCAGGGAGAGAGGAAUGUAGCGACAAACAGCAAAGACUCAUAAAAAACUUUUUUUUUUUUUUAAUCGUUUUAAAAGACAUUGGGUGAUUUUUUGGGUGAUCUUGAAGUUGCUUAAUAAUGUUCCAUUCUAAACAAAAAUGAAAAGCAGCAAAACAUAAAAGGUAAAUAAAGAGAACUGCACAGAACACGUCUGAAUAAUAUUUCCUAAUCACUUUGAAAACCGACACAUGCAUACAAGUUUUCCGAACAUAUUUUUCAAUGCAUUGUCUUGACAUUUACUAUAAUGCUACAAAAUUAACGUAAUAAACUGUAUAUAAGUCGCACGGUGUAUAAGUCGCCCCCCUUUUUGAGACAACAAUUUCAGGAAUAGUCUAUAGGUCACACCGGUGUAUAAGCUGCUCCCCCGUUUUUAGGACCAACUAAAAAUACCUAGAAAAUAGACUUAUACAAAGGUUUUUACAGUACAUUAUUUAAUAGACCUCUAUAAGAGUUAAAAGGUAUGUUAUGCAUUUGAAAUUCUGAAAACCAGUGACAGUAGAUUUGGGUUAAAAAUGAAUAAUUACAAGCAUGUUAUACAGUUUUAUGUAGCCUAAUACAGAUGGUGUUCAAUCUACUCAAAUAAAAUGCUAUCCAUUUUUUAUUGCCCUUAGUCUAAGCUUUUUUACACUGUAUCCCCCUCUCAUCAUCUAGGACUCUAUUCCCAAAGCUCAAUAGUAGUUGUGUUUUUUUCACAGUAAAAUGGCUUAUUUCAAUGUCUAAAAAUAAGUAUUUCACGAUUAAACAGAGUAUGUAUUCAAGCAGAAAAAAAACAUGUGAAAUGUCCAUUUCUUCUACUGGACAGAGCGAUCUCUGAGAUAUGAAAUAAACGUUUGCUGGUUUUAUUUUUAAGUGAUAAAAAAAUCUGUGAUAAGCAUGAAAAAAUACAGCUUUACUCAUGAGUCUGUUUUCAUUAAUAAAAUAUUGUUUGAUACUCCUGAAACUUCCACAGGGUGUUUUUAAAGAUGCCAAAAACAGAUUUUGAAAAACAAUUGUCUAAAUAAUCUAACCAGUUUUCUAUAAUAGAAAUUGUACAUAAAGAAAACAACUUCAAAUACCACCCAAUGUCUCUUUAAAUAAAAACCCCGCCUCCAUAUAUAAACUCCACCCCCUGGUAUAAACCCCUCCUCUAUAAAAAUACCCCUCUCCAGACUCCACCCCUUAACUACUCAUUCUUCUUCCAUACAACCACCCCACUAAACAAACCUAAUUUAUUAAUGCAUUUAAUGCAUUCCUUUUUUCUCUAUUUAGUUUUGAAAACCUGGUUGGAGUCUUGCUUCUUAGCCCUUAUUAUAUACCACUACAUACUUCUUCCCUCUCAGUCUGGAGAAAUUGGUGACAAUGAUAAAUAUGGUCAAAGAUCAUCUCAAAGAUUCAGCAGCAAAAGCAUGGCUUGGUAACCAAUUCUAGACUCUCUAUGUGUUUUAAAAAAAAAAAAAAAAGUCUCCUACCCUCUGUGUCUACUUACAGUAAUUCCCAACCGAAUCAAAUAGUUUAAACCUCAGUGUAUUUCCAGCAUAAAACCAAACGCCACUAUUAGAUCACAGCAAUGGCAACGCUAUGGAUUUGGAUCCUAGGUUGCCCACUGGAUUACCAGACGUGUGAAUUGUGUGGCCAUACCAUUGAGAUUUCAUCUUACCAAUAGCAGGUUCAGCCCUUUGCAUCGUCCUUCAUGCUGUUGCCAUUGCACAGGCCCCAUGCAUUGCCACUGAAGUGGCCCCAAUGGAAAACGACUCCCUACAGAAGCUGUUUUGUGUGCCUCCUCGACAGUAUACAAUAUUACAUUGUUUCACCUUUGGCUUGUAAGGCUGGUGAAUGAUAAAAUCUUAAUAGAGGAUUCAAAUCUAAAUGUCGUUCUUUUUGUAUUGUUAACAAGUAAAGGACUACUCUUCAACAACUUGCAAUAAAUAAGUAGCCAAAAGAAAA